AUGACACUCCAUCGCUACGCUCCCCUCCACAUCAACCCCCAGGGCCUCAACGACGCCCGCCCCAACGCCAUCCAGAUCCUCGCCGAUCAAAACCUCCUCGACACGGACGCCUGGAAAGACAGAACCAUCCUCAUCACCGGCGGCACCGCAGGACUCGGCGCCGAGUCCGCGCGCGUGCUGCACCGCACGGGGGCCAGGAUCUUCAUCACGGGGCGGGACGUGGCAAAGGGCGAGCGGCUCGCGCGGGAGAUCUCCGCUGCGAGCCCUGAUCCCUCAGCCCCGGCCAUCGAGGUCAUCCACAUGGACUACUACAGCCUGCAGAGCGUGCGCGAUGGGGCGGACGAGUUUCUCCGCCGCAGCGGGGGGAAGCUGCAUGUCCUGCUGGCGAACGCGGGGGUGGUGGCGUCGCCGCGGCGCACCACGGAUGACGGGUUCGAGGGGGUCUUUGGCGUGAACUACCUCGCGGGGUUCCUGCUGGUGCAGCUGCUGACUCCGGCGCUGGUGGCGUCAGCUACAUCUGAUUUCCGCUCCCGACUCGUGGUGGUGGCAAGUGCGGGCCAUCGAGCCAAGAAUAUCGAUCCGGAGGAUUACAACGGAUUAGUCGGCGAGUAUAAUGCCUCCAAGGCGUAUGCGCAGAGCAAGACGGCGACGAUCCUCAUGGCCAAUGAGUUCGAGCGCCGGUAUGCGGGGCGUGGUGUACAUGCGCUGAGUCUGAAUCCGGGAAUUAUCAUGGAUACCGAGAUCUCGCGUGGCUUGCCGGGGUCGUCGUCUGGAAGGCGGGAGCAGUACUACAAGAUGGAGCCGUUGCUGGCGAAGAUGGAGAAGAGCGUCGAGCAGGGGGCGGCGACACAGGUCUGGGCGGCGGUGGCUAGCGAGUUGGAGGGGAAGGGGGGGUUGUAUCUGGAUGAUGUGCAGGUUGCCGACGAGGCGGAUGAGGCGUCGCGCGGGCAGUUUGCAUUGCCAGGAUGGGCGAGUUGGAUUUGGGAUGAGGCGAUGGCGGCGAGACUGUGGGAGGAUAGUUUGAGGAUGGUGGGGUUGGAUGAGCAAGUGGAUGUGUCUUAGGGUUGCCAUGCUGUAUCAGUGGUGAGCCUUGUUAAGUACUUGUCGACCUGUUUGUACUCUGCGAGGAAUUGAC